AGGAACAAACCUGGUGAACCAAAUGUUGAGUCUGUUUUGCAAAGGAUAAAAAUACAACCACUGUCGUUUGUAUCUACGGGAUUACCGUUGUGAAGUUUUUUUUUGUUUUGGAUUUUCUUAUUUUACCACAGCUCUAUCACCGGGACAGACGCGCAAGUGUGGAAAUGAAGUUAACCGGACUCUUUUUGUUACUGAUGCUUUGGACCUGCGACAGCGCCAGAGUCGCAGAGAGCAGAGACGACAAUAGCGUUUACGACCUUUUUGAGCUCGUCCAAGUCCCAAAGAAAAACCAUGGGGUCACUCUAGUGAAAGGCGACGACCCUUACAGUCCCGCCUACAAGAUCUUGAACCCCGACCUAAUCCCCCCGGUUCCCGAGAACGCCUUUAGGGACCUAAUUGACUCUAUUCACGCAGAGAGAGGAUUCCUUCUGUUGGUCAAUUUCAAGCAAUUCAAGCGGACCAGGGGAAGUCUCUUGACCGUGGAGAAGCAGGACGGCUCCGGACCCAUAUUCGAAAUAGUAUCAAACGGAAAAGCAAACACCUUGGACAUUGUUUUCUCCACCGAAAACAAGCAACAAGUUGUGUCAAUCGAAGAUGCGGAUUUGGCGACUGGGCACUGGAAAAACAUCACCCUGUUUAUUCAAGAGGAUAGAGUCGUUUUUUAUGUCGGUUGUGAUGAGGUUAAUUCAGCUGAGCUUGACGCUUCCAUCCAGACUGUUUUAACCCAGGAAACUCCGGGUAUUGCGAGACUGAGGAUCGGUAAGGGAGCUGUGAAAGACAGGUUCAUGGGAGUCCUUCAAAAUGUACGAUUUGUGUUUGGAACAACACUGGAUGCAAUUCUUCGGAACAAAGGAUGCAAAAACUCAAUGCUGACUGACAUUAUAAGCUUUGAUAACCCCAUUAAUGGAUCCAGCCCAGCAAUUAGAACUGAUUACACUGGCCACAAAACAAAAGAUCUCCAAAUGAUUUGUGGGUUUUCUUGUGAGGACCUGGCCAGCAUGUUCAAAGAACUGAAAGGUCUCGGCGUGGUAGUGCAAGAGCUGUCCAACGAGCUUCGCAAAGUGACGGAAGAGAAAAACAUGCUCAUGAGCCGGAUGGGAAUCCACGCAGGUGUCUGCCUUCACAAUGGCAUUGUGCACAAAAAUAAGGAAGAAUGGACUGUGGAUGACUGUACAGAGUGCACCUGCCAGAACUCUGCCACUGUGUGCCGCAAGAUCUCCUGCCCACUUAUUCCCUGUGCCAACGCCACUGUGCCAGACGGAGAGUGUUGCCCACGAUGUGGAACUCCUAGUGACUAUGCUGAAGACGGCUGGUCCCCCUGGUCUGAAUGGACCCAUUGUUCUGUGUCUUGUGGAAGAGGUAUUCAGCAGCGUGGCCGCUCCUGUGACCGCAUCAAUAACAACUGUGAGGGCACAUCAGUACAGACCCGAGACUGCUACCUCCAGGAGUGCGACAAACGCUUCAAGCAAGAUGGGAAUUGGAGCCACUGGUCUCCGUGGUCUUCGUGUUCAGUCACGUGUGGGGAUGGUGUCAUCACCCGCAUCCGACUCUGCAACUCACCCACGCCUCAGAUGGGUGGUAAAGAGUGCACUGGUGAAGGCAGGCAGACAGAGAAAUGCCAAAUGUCACCAUGUCCCAUCAAUGGUGGAUGGGGCCCUUGGUCACCCUGGGAUGCCUGCUCAGCUACUUGUGGAGGAGGGGUCCAGAACCGCAAACGCCUCUGCAAUGACCCUCCACCCAAACAUGGCGGCAAAGAUUGCGUGGGUGAUGCCACAGAAGAUCAAAUAUGCAAUAAGCAGGCCUGUCCAAUUGAUGGUUGUCUGUCCAAUCCAUGUUUUGCUGGCGCCCAGUGCACUAGCUUCCCAGAUGGUUCAUGGAAAUGUGGAAAAUGCCCAGGAGGUUACACUGGCAAUGGUAUCACAUGCAAGGACAUUGAUGAGUGUAAGGAAGUCCCUGAUGCUUGCUUCACAUUCAAUGGAGUUCACAGGUGUGAGAACACAGAGCCAGGUUACAAUUGCCUGCCAUGUCCAUCUCGUUUCUCAGGCCCCCAGCCGUUCGGUAAAGGUGUGGAGGAUGCCACUUCUAAGAAACAGGUGUGCACUCCCAGAAAUCCUUGUCUGGACGGAAGCCAUGACUGCAAUAAAAAUGCCCGUUGCAACUACCUGGGACACUUCUCAGAUCCCAUGUUCCGUUGCGAGUGCAAACCAGGUUACGCAGGGAAUGGACACAUUUGUGGGGAGGACACUGACUUGGAUGGCUGGCCUAACGCUGACCUGGUGUGUGUGGAAAAUGCCACCUACCACUGCAAGAAGGACAACUGCCCCAACCUUCCAAACUCAGGGCAAGAAGACUAUGACAAGGAUGGGACUGGAGAUGCUUGUGAUGAUGAUGACGAUGAUGAUGGCAUCCCUGAUGACAGGGACAAUUGCCCAUUCAUCUUCAAUCCUAGACAGUAUGACUAUGACCGUGAUGAGGUGGGAGAUCGAUGUGACAACUGCCCAUAUAACAGCAAUCCCGACCAGACGGACACAGACAGCAAUGGCGAGGGAGAUGCCUGUGCAGUCGACAUUGAUGGAGAUGGUAUUCUGAAUGAGAAAGACAACUGCCCUUAUGUCUACAAUGUUGAUCAGAGAGACACCGAUCUGGAUGGAGUUGGAGACCAGUGUGAUAACUGCCCUCUAGAGCAUAAUCCUGACCAGCUGGAUUCUGACUCUGACCGAGUGGGAGACAAGUGUGACAGUAAUCAGGACAUCGAUGAGGAUGGACACCAGAACAACCUGGACAACUGUCCUUACAUCCCCAAUGCCAACCAGGCUGACCAUGACAAGGAUGGCAAAGGAGACGCUUGUGAUCAUGAUGACGACAAUGAUGGUAUCCCUGACGAAAAAGACAACUGCAGACUAGCCUUCAACCCUGAUCAACUGGACUCUGAUGGUGAUGGUCGUGGUGAUGCUUGCAAAGAUGACUUUGACCAAGAUAAUGUGCCAGAUAUCUAUGAUGUCUGCCCAGAGAACUUUGAUAUCAGUGAGACUGAUUUCCGCAAGUUCCAGAUGGUGCCCCUAGACCCCAAGGGUACUUCUCAAAUUGACCCCAACUGGGUGGUUCGCCAUCAAGGCAAAGAGUUGGUUCAGACAGUCAACUGCGACCCAGGCAUUGCUGUUGGAUUUGAUGAGUUCAACGCUGUGGACUUCAGUGGGACAUUCUUCAUCAACACAGAACGUGACGAUGACUAUGCUGGCUUUGUUUUCGGUUACCAGUCCAGCUCCCGCUUCUAUGUGGUCAUGUGGAAACAGAUCACUCAGACUUACUGGUCCAACAAACCAACCAAAGCACAGGGCUACUCGGGCCUGUCAAUCAAAGUGGUCAAUUCCACCACUGGUCCAGGCGAGCACCUAAGGAAUGCCCUCUGGCACACCGGGGAUACUCCAGGACAAGUCCGCACUCUGUGGCAUGACCCUAAGAAUGUUGGCUGGAAAGAUUUCACCGCUUACAGAUGGCAUCUGACCCAUAGACCAAGGACAGGGCAUAUUAGAGUUGUUAUGUACGAAGGCAAGAAGAUCAUGGCAGAUUCAGGACGUAUUUAUGACAAGACAUAUGCAGGCGGACGACUUGGUCUGUUUGUCUUCUCUCAAGAGAUGGUAUACUUCUCAGACCUCAAAUAUGAAUGCAGAGAUGUAUAAUUGCACAGGCAGGAGGUUCUUUGAAGAAUGCACCUUUCUAUAUGACGAUGAAUAUGUAUUUCUGGGGCAAAGUCCUGGGACAAAUCCUACGCUACUCUCUCUUCUGCAGCACGCACACUGGUGGAGUGGAAAGUAUGGAGGUCAGCAUGGAGGUAAACUGGUGCUGGUCUGGUCAGAGACCAUUUAACAGCCCACUGAGAAUUAGGACCCCUCCACCAAGAGAAGGUAGAGCAGAAAAAAGGCCCCCUCGCUUUGCUUUAUCGGGAUAACCGAUGUCUCUCUGAAAAAACCUCAUUCAGCUCUGCGUGGGAAGGCUCCCUGCAGACAACUAUGCACUUCAAAACCCUUUACUCUCUCUCACCCUCUCUGAAUGGAUGUUCUUGGAUGCACCCGCUUUGGAGAGGACAUUAAAUCACUUAGAGCAUUAAUAGACAUUCCACAACAGCAGACAGGUCAAACUGGCUUUGCAUAUUACUAAUAAGGGUUUAAGACUUUUCAGAAAGCAGUGGGCAAACUAAUAGGUGUAGAGGAUUAAGAAUACAGGAAUAAGUGUGUGUUUGUGUGUGUCUUAUGAGUGUGUCUGCAUAAAGUCAAAGUUGUGUUUAUGAGAGAGGAGAAUUUUAGCCAAGAAGCCAUUUUAUGACACACACACACAAAAACAAAACAAAAAACAAAUAAAAACACACAUUGAAUUGAGCCAAAUACAUUGUAUCCAAAUAUUUGCUUAGCAAAGCCUUAGCUGAAGUUUUUUGAUCAUCUCUCUUCAUGUAUAGCUAAUAGUAGAUAAAUUCUCUUCGAUUAAGUGGGCAUAAUUUUCUCAGGCUGAACUUUCUCCUGUUCACGAAAUAGAAGGCCAAGUAAAAGAGGGCUUGGGCAGAGUCAGGCUAGGAAGCCACUGUUUCCAAAAGUUCCAGUCAUUUAAAUGGUAAAAUGGAACGCUUUUGCUUGAUUCCUAAUUAUGUUGAAAAAUUGACUGUGGAAAGCCCUUGCAAGGGCUAUUUUGACCAGGAGUCCCAGUUCAAGACAGAUAUUUACAUACACAUUCAUUAAAAGUUUAAAAUAAUAAUGAGGCAAAUUGUUUGUAAAUUGUCUGUAGAGACAUAAGCAGAGGAAAAAUUUCUGCUCAACAGCACUAGGUAUUUCUAUUCUUUUCU